GGGAGCGCAAGGAAUUAUGGGACUUUUAGUUCUCAGCAGAGGACGGUUGUCUUGAUAACACCGCGAAGAACAAAACGAGACAUUUACCACCGAAAAUAAAACGCCAGCCUCAAUUUCAUCAUAAAUACAAGCUCUACAUGCUUGGAGUCCGGAUACAUACCGGUGGAUUUAGCGGUCGUAAGAAGAAAAGCAGCUCACUGUUGGUGAAAAAUAAACAGGAAGUUGUUAGCGUUGUGGGACGUGUAGUUCCGCUUGUAGGCCACUGAGCUUCAUUACAACGCAUUGAAAAAAGAAACAACAAUUAAAUAAGCUAAACUUCACCCCGACGACCGUGCUCUAAAGCCUAGGUGUUGAAGCAAACAUGCCCGGUUUUACGUGCUGUGUCCCGGGCUGCUACAACAACUCGCACCGGGACCGGGACCUGCGCUUCUACACGUUUCCCAAAGACAGCACGCUGAGGGAGCUGUGGCUGCGGAACAUCUCCCGGGCCGGGGUCAGCGGCUGCUUCAGCACCUUCCAGCCCACCACCGGGCACCGGGUCUGCAGCGUGCACUUCGCCGGUGGGAGGAAGACCUACACCAUCAGAGUGCCAUCCCUCUUCCCUCUGCGGGGGGUCAAUGAGCGCAGGAGCCGGAGGGGCAGAGGCAGGAAGGCAUCGGGGGCUACUGCACCCGGUGCCGCAGCCCCCUCCGGGAUAUUGAUCUCCAGUGUGCUGGGCAGUGUGGCCGCGGAGGGAGCCGAGGGCACCACCGGAGGAGAGGCGAGUGAUGACAGCAGCAUCACCGUGGUGCAGAUAGGGCAGAACGGGGAGUACCUGGGCACGGCGCGGCUCCCCACACAGACAGAGGGGACAUGUUACACGGAGCCCAUCACCGAGGAGUUCAUCGGUGACGACCUGUCGGAAAACGGGUCGCACCUGGCGGCCGUGCAUUACGUGAGUGUGACCAGCAGCCCGCUGGACCACUCGUACUCGCUGACCACCGGCACCACGUCGGCCGAGCUGCUGCGGAAGCUGAACGAGCAGCGGGACAUCAUCGCGCUGAUGGAGGUGAAGAUGAAGGAGAUGAAGGCGACCAUCCGCCAGCUGCGGGUCGCCGAGGCCAAGCUGCAGGAGGAGGUGCGCGAGCGGGACCGGCUGCUCUACGGGAACUCCGUGGCCUUAAGCGUCCGCAAGAAAAUCUGAAGGGUGCAUAUCACCGGAGAGGACCCGUUACAGAGACAGACUAACGGAUAUGACACCGAUCCAACCCUAUUUUGUAUAAAACUACGAGCGAUGACAAUUUAUUUUCGAGAGGUAGAGCUAACUUUUCGUAGGCCUGUGUUGAAAAAGUUGACAGGCUAGUUCAUAGGCUAGCUUAUAUUAAAAACAUGCACAGUGCACUAUUGGCCGGUUCCCUGCAGGAUCAAUAUUACAUAUGUUGUUCAAUCAAACAAGAAUCAUAGUAUGCACAGACUGACAAGAGAGCAGGAUUAUACAUGUGUGACGUGACAGAUGAGGAGGAUGCUCUCAACUGUCUAGUUAUGUAGAACGUUUUUCUUUUAAAAAGUUAUUUCCUUACUUGAGAUUUUGAAUUAGGAGCUUGUAGCAGAAACAUCUAGUAGAUUUGCAGAGGUAAACUAUGCCAAGAUUGCGCAUCUAUAGGAUUUUCUGUAUACAAAACACUAUUCUUGGCACACUUGGGUGUUAGUCAAUGAAGUACAGCUCUACCAUGACUUUGUCUGAGUUGCCUUUAAAGAUAGCUUAAGAUGCUUUCCCUUGAUAUGUGUUGAAAUAAGACAUUUGAUCAUCAAGGAACAGACUUUAAGGAAUUAUUUCAAACUUGAAGGCACUCAAACAAUGUAAUCUUAUUAAAUUAUGUUUCUUGAAGACAUGCAUUAAGUUACAUUUGCUCAACGUUUUGUUUUUAAGGAAGUGAAGUACAAAGAAAAACAUUUUCUCAACAUACUUUAUGCAACUUGAACAUGUUAAUGUCUGCGCCCAAGGUUAUUCUGAAGCAGCUCCUGCUUAUGUCAGUGUGGUUCAUGUGUGUGAUGUUUUUCACGCAGGAGUUUAGUGGCUGCAUUUCUUUCAUACAUGUAUUAUGCACAGGAUGUUACCUACAUUUCAGAUUGUUGAACUUAGUUCACAGCUAUAGGCUCUGCUCCUUUUUUGAUGUACAUUUCAUUUUAAAAUAACGUUGAUUCACAUUGAAUAUUUUGUCCAGGCAGCGUCCCAGUAACACUUUCUUUCACCUUCAAGUGGGGAAGGUUUAAGCUCUCAGACAGCUGUUCGAGGCUCUUGUUGGACUCUUUUUAGGAAAGAAGAGAUACACAAAUAAUAUUUUACUAUAAUACAAUACUUUCAGCACUGUUAAGAAGUCAUACCAUUUUCAUCAUAUUUGAUACACCCUAAAUCACAUCAUAGACUUAUGAAGGGAAGGGAAUCAAACUUGAACAAAAAAACAUCAUCAUAAAUCCUUUAAAAAGUCAUUGUGUUUCAAAAGAUUUCUGAUAUUGUGUUGUUAAUCUGAGCUAAUCAUUUCAGCGAGUGUACCACUACAGAGUAUGGUAUUACAUUACAUGUUACUUGUUAGACGCUUUUAUCCAAAGCGAGUGUUACAUACUCAAUACUGUGGGCAAUCCCCACAGGAGCAAUUUGGGGUGAAGUGUCUUGCCCAGGGACACAACGACAUGCUGACUGCACCUAUGACCUCCUGAUCCGAAUACCAACUCACAACCCACUGCACCACACGCCACAUGGUAUAAACCAUUGUUAUUGUUUUGACAUUUCAUAGUUUUGUAGCAGAUCUGACUUACUGUAGAGUCUUGUGGUGCGAUGUGUCACAUGUUGCAGAGUGAUUUCCACCCUCUAGAUGGCGGUGACAUUAAACUGAGGAGCGGGAGGUUUAGCGCUGCUCUAUGGCCUAAUUUGCUUCAUCUGUCUGUGUGUCGACGGCUUGGAUGGUCCUUUGCUUGAUUGUUACUCAUAUUAAAAAAUGAAACAUCUUAA